UUCAUAUCAACUAUCACACGUUGCGGAACGCUGUCCGCCAUCAGACGCAAACUGACUGGCCGGCCGGCACGCAGAAAACGCGCGAAUUGUGUUAACAUAAUAAAAAUAUAAACAAAAGUGCAUUGUGCCAAGUGCAGUGACUCUGCGUUACAAAGGAAUUUCAUUCCUGAUUACAUAUUUUUUCCUGACAACUAUUUGCAUUUAGAAUGGCCGCCCAGGAAGCGGCAAUGAUAGAAAAAUGUGAACCAGUCAAUGGAAUAGCCAGUGCUUGUGGCAGUACUGUGAAAUUGAAGAGGGAAUUGGGAUUAUAUUCAGCAGUGAACCUAAUCCUUGGAGUAAUGAUUGGCUCAGGGAUCUUUGUAUCCCCAGCGUCGGCUCUAGAACAUUCCGGGUCAGUAGGCUUGUGCCUAAUCAUAUGGACGGUAUCAGGAAUAAUAUCCUUAUUAGGAGCAUUAUCCUUCGCCGAAUUGGGAACUGUGGUUAAUAAAUCUGGAGCAGAAUACGCAUAUUUUCAAGCAGCUUUCGGUAAAAUGCACAAAUUUUGGGGCCCGUUGCCGUCAUUUAUAUGUGCAUGGAUUUACGUUAUGAUACUCAGACCCGCUGAAGUGGCCAUAAUUGUAAUGACUUUCGCUGAGUAUGCAAUACAACCUUUCACACAUGACUUACAAGAAGACUAUAAGGACACUGCAAUCAAAUUAGGCUCUCUAACAGCAUUACUUAUAAUGACAUACAUCAAUAUAACGAGCGUGAAACUGUUCGUCAAAGUCCAGAACGUGUUCGGCGUGUGUAAAGUGUUUGCUUGUCUGGUAGUCAUCGGCGGGGGCAUAUACGAGAUUUUUAAGGGAAACACGGAACACCUGAAGAAAGGCUUCGAAGGCAGUACUACGAGCCCUGGUGGAAUAGCCCUGGCCCUCUACUCGGGGCUAUGGGCGUAUGAUGGCUGGAACAGCGUCACUGUUGUCACCGAGGAGAUCAUCAACCCAGCUGUGAAUGUGCCGCUAAGCAUAUCCAUCGCUGUGCCCUUGAUCACGGCGCUCUACGUGUUCAUGAACGUGGCGUACAUGACGGUGCUGAGCUACGCGGAGAUGACGUCGGUACCGGCGGUGGCAGUUGCCUUCGGAGCGAGGGUGCUCGGCCCCGCCAGCUUCCUCAUACCACUCGGGGUCGCCGUCGCCACCUUCGGCUGCGCUAUGAGCGUGCAGUUCGGCGUCACCAGGGUAUGUUACACAGCUGCUCGUGGCGGCCAUAUGCUCGAAGUGUUUUCAUAUGUCAACGUAAAAAGACUGACGCCAGCGCCUGCGGUUGCGUUUCAAGCAAUCCUAACCGCAAUAUUCAUCGUUGUUGGCAACAUACAAACUCUUAUAGAAUUUGCUAGUUGGUUCCUAUGGUUUUUCUACGGGUUGGGCAUGGUAGCACUGCUAGUUCUAAGGAAGACGCAAGCAGAUACUCCUAGACCGUACAAAGUGCCUACUCCAGUGCCAUGCUUUGUAUUGCUAGUGGCGAUAUUCUUAUCAGUGUUGCCAAUCGUACACGAUCCAUCGCUUAAAUAUUUGAUGGCGGUUGGCUUUAUAGUUAUAGGAGUAGCUGUUUACACAAUAUUUGUGUAUUAUAAGAAAACGCCUACUUAUAUUUUAAGUAAAUUCACAUUUAUAACACAAGUGCUGUUCCAGAGCGUCCCGCCGAGCGGCAACCGUCAAGACUGAAUUAACUAUAAUAUUGCUUAAUUAACUGUAAAUAUUGUCAAGAAAUAAUU